CCUCUCCAGCCCUGCCGGUUAUGUACCAUUUGCAUCUUCCCUCCUACUCCGCUUUCCCCAGAACGCCCUGCAAGUCCCAUCUGAAACUGCCUUGCCUUUCCAAUUCACCACCCUACCAAUCGUUCUCGUUCACUGACAUCUCUCCAGAUUUUACAGAAUCAUGGAUGAUAGUUUGUAUGAUGAGUUUGGGAAUUAUAUUGGGCCUGAAAUUGAAUCUGAUCGAGAGAGCGAAGAAGAGGAGGAAGAUGAUGAGCUCCCUGAUAGGACAGGGGAUGAGGAGGCUGGAUCGGAUGCUGAGCGUGAACCUGGAGGUUCAAAUGGGUGGCUGACUACUACUGAUCAUGACAUUGAUAUGGAAAACCAGGUGGUUCUUGCAGAGGACAAAAAGUACUACCCAACUGCUGAGGAGGUUUAUGGUGAAGAAGUUGAGACAUUGGUUAUGGACGAGGAUGAGUUGCCUCUGGAGCAACCAAUAAUCAAACCUGUCAAGAACCUCAAGUUUGAAUUAGGUGUAAAGGAUUCAUCCACCUAUGUGUCAACGCAGUUUCUUUUAGGUUUAAUGUCGAACCCAGCUUUGGUUCGAAAUGUAGCUUUGGUGGGACACCUACAUCACGGUAAAACCUUGUUUAUGGACAUGCUGGUGGAGCAAACACACCAUAUCUCUACUUUUGAUGAGAAAAGUGAGAAGCACAUGAGAUAUACAGAUACCAGGAUCGAUGAACAAGAGAGGAAAAUAUCAAUCAAGGCGGUACCCAUGUCAUUGGUGCUUGAGGAUAGCAAUUCAAAGUCGUACCUCUGUAACAUAAUGGAUACCCCUGGCCAUGUUAAUUUCUCUGAUGAAAUGACUGCAGCUCUAAGGCUCGCUGAUGGUGCUGUGCUGAUUGUAGAUGCUGCUGAUGGAGUUAUGGUUAAUACUGAGAGGGCUAUUCGCCAUGCAAUUCAAGAGCGCCUCCCCAUAGUAGUUGUGAUAAACAAGGUUGACAGGUUGAUAACUGAACUCAAGUUGCCUCCAAAAGAUGCAUAUCAUAAGCUAAGGCAUUUAAUUGAAGCUAUCAAUACCCACAUAACUGCUGCUUCGUCAACUGCUGGAGAUGUCCAGGUUAUUGACCCCGCUCUUGGGAAUGUUUGUUUUGCAAGUGCGAGUGCAGGAUGGUCCUUUACACUACAAUCGUUUGCUAAGCUAUAUGUCAAGCUCCAUGGCAUUCCAUUUGAUGCCAAUAAGUUUGCUUCUCGUCUUUGGGGGGACUAUUAUUUUGAUCCUGAUACUAGAGGUUUUAAGAAGAAACAACCUACCAGUGGGGCAGAAAGAUCAUUUGUCCAAUUUGUGCUUGAACCUCUUUACAAAAUAUAUAGCCAGGUAAUUGGAGAACAUAAGAAGAGUGUGGAGGCUACACUUGCUGAGCUUGGUGUGACUCUUAGCAAUGCAGCCUACCGAUUAAAUGUACGGCCGCUGCUGAGGUUGGCUUGUAGCUCAGUUUUUGGUACUGCUACAGGCUUCACAGACAUGUUGGUCCAUCACAUUCCUUCUGCCAAAGCUGGUGCAGCUAAGAAGGUUGAGCAUAUCUAUACUGGGCCUACGGACUCGAUGAUUUUUCAGGCCAUGGAAGAUUGUGAUCCCCAUGGUCCUUUAAUGGUUAAUGUGACAAAACUGUAUCCUAAAUCUGACUGCAGUGUUUUUGAUGCUUUUGGUCGAGUCUAUAGUGGUAGAAUUAUGACUGGGCAGACUGUUCGCGUGCUGGGAGAAGGUUAUUCCCCAGAAGAUGAGGAGGACAUGACAGUGAAAGAAGUAACAAAACUUUGGGUUUAUCAAGCUCGUUACAGGAUACCGAUAAGUGAGGCCCCUCCUGGUUCUUGGGUGCUGAUUGAAGGUGUGGAUGCUUCAAUUAUGAAGACUGCUACGCUUUGUAAUCAGGACUAUGAUGAGGAUGUAUAUAUAUUCCGAGCCCUUCAGUUUAACACUCUUCCAGUUGUGAAAACGGCAACUGAGCCUUUAAAUCCGAGUGAGCUACCCAAGAUGGUUGAGGGUCUGCGGAAGAUAAGCAAAAGUUAUCCUCUCGCUAUCACGAAGGUAGAAGAAUCAGGAGAACACACAAUUUUGGGUACUGGGGAAUUAUACCUAGAUUCGAUCAUGAAGGAUCUUCGGGAACUUUACUCGGAAGUGGAGGUGAAGGUCGCAGAUCCUGUUGUCUCCUUCUGCGAAACAGUGGUGGAGUCAUCCUCAAUGAAAUGUUUUGCUGAAACACCUAACAAGAAAAAUAAGAUUACCAUGAUUGCUGAGCCUCUGGAAAGAGGACUUGCAGAAGAUAUUGAGAAUGGUGUUGUUAGCAUUGACUGGCCUAGGAAGAAACUUGGGGACUUCUUUCAGACGAAGUAUGACUGGGACUUGCUUGCUGCAAGGUCCAUUUGGGCAUUUGGACCUGAUAAACAGGGACCUAAUAUCUUAUUAGAUGACACACUGUCUAGUGAAGUGGACAAGAGCUUGCUGAAUGCCGUGAAAGAUUCCAUUGUACAAGGGUUUCAAUGGGGUGCUCGAGAAGGACCUCUUUGUGAUGAGCCCAUCAGAAAUGUUAAAUUCAAGAUAGUCGAUGCAAAAGUUGCUCCUGAGCCAUUGAAUCGUGGAACUGGUCAGAUAAUUCCUACUGCUCGUCGUGUGGCCUACUCAGCUUUCCUUAUGGCAUCUCCAAGGCUCAUGGAACCAGUUUAUUAUGUGGAGAUACAGACCCCUAUAGAUUGUGUGUCUGCUAUAUACACGGUGUUGUCCCGCAGGCGUGGCCACGUUACAGCAGAUGUUCCUCAACCGGGGACCCCAGCCUAUAUUGUGAAGGCAUUUUUACCUGUGAUUGAAUCAUUUGGCUUUGAGACAGACUUGAGGUAUCACACUCAAGGGCAAGCAUUUUGUCUCUCCGUGUUUGACCAUUGGGCUAUCGUUCCUGGGGAUCCUCUGGACAAGACCAUAGUUCUACGACCACUUGAACCUGCACCUAUUCAACAUUUGGCUCGUGAGUUCAUGGUGAAGACACGGCGUAGAAAGGGCAUGAGUGAAGAUGUGAGCAUCAACAAAUUUUUUGAUGAGGCUAUGGUGUUGGAGCUUGCUCAACAGGAUGCUGAUCAAAUGAUCCCUUGAAGAGAGAACUCUUCAGCUCUUAUGGUGGUAUAUUCAUGGAUGGAGGUGAAGCAUCAUCAUUUUACUUGGAUUCUGUGUGACAUCUGGAUUUCUCAUGACACAGGAGAGGACUCAUGAAGAUAAUAUUGCUGUGUUUGAUUGAAGGAACCGCAUGGACAGCGGAAAUGAUGAUUUUUAUUGUGCACUACCUCCCCCUGUCCCUUACCUUUUGAAAGCAGAAAAAUGUACCCGCUGAUGUAAUUAACUACUUCGAUUAGUAGUUUUUACAUUUUCCGUAUAAUUGAUUUGUGCAUCUGCUGCAGAAGAUGAUACAGUGGACCACGCUGAUUAAUUUUUGUGACAUCUGUCUUUACGAGUCAUUGUUUGAUAUGCAAUCAAAUUCAAGAUGGUGUUAAACACUGUUGAAGAUUU